AGUGAAGUUCAAGGCGCGACGCUCAUUGCAAGUGAGACUUUCGUGACGGCUCCACGCACUUUCCCCAGUGACUCCAAGUGUUAGUGAUUUGUGAUUCCCGUUCCAGACAUAUCAAAGAUGCAUCCGAAGGUCACAAGCUGGGCGCUGCUGGCGCUCAUCAGCUCAUCCACCAUCCUCCACACGCUGGCGUACCCACAGCAACACCUCCCGUUAAUCUCACAGGCUACGAGUAACGUAAGGACACAGAACCAACCACAGUACUACAGCAACACUUUGCCUGUGCAUCAGCCGGAGCAAGUUGCGCAGGAGCGUAAAUUCGCGGAGAAAUCCAACGCGCUCAAGAAAGUCGCCCUUGACGACCUCGACGACAUACAAACCAACUCAAUCUCGGAUAGCGGCUUCUCCUGGUCCAAUGUGCUUGGAAUGUUAAUGCAGAUGAUCUUCAACACGGGAGCGACCGGCCCCAACAAGAGUGAUAACAUCGACACCGACGCGUCCCCCUCACCCUGGGCUAACCUCUUCUCCAUGGGCCUCAAGAUCUUGACAGCAAUCCUCGGAGGAGGACCUUCAAGCGACGGCAUCGACAAAGUUGACAACGGUUCCUCUCCAAUGCAGGGUAUAUUGGCUGCGGUACUGUCGACGGUGCUCGGUACGAAAGACCCCGACCAGGUCGCCUCCAUGGCAAAACAGGCUGGAGAGUUCAUCAACAUCGUGGUGAACCUUCUGGACGCCCUGAAGACUUCCUUCUCCCACCGGUCCCUGGCCGCGCGCUCCAUCGGACGCAAGGACUCAGUGAGCGACGCGGCGUUGGCAGGCAUCGCCAUGAUGAAGACUUACGUGAGGUCCUUCGGCACCAACGACGACAAGUGUCUGCAGAAAUACGUGUGCGACGCAAACCUUGAGUGCUCCAGCGACAUCGGCCCUAAGAGUGUCUUCUGCCAACUUGGAACAUACGCAGCAAGCUUCGUGAUGGAGAGGCAAUCAAGCGGUACCUUCGAGCAGUUUACCGAAGCUGGCCGUCUGGGUCGCUCGGGCAUCGACUGUCGCCAGAUGUACCUCCAAUGCAACGAAGUCUAAGGGCCAGCUAACCCAUCGCCAAACCAUCCCCACAUUUUGAAGUUACAUCGAUAGCAGCAAUAUUUCAACACCAAACCAUUGGAAACAACUUUCCAACUAGUGAUUUGGACCGAGUGAGAAGUUACAUUAGUCAAAAUUUCAGCUUACUAAAUUUUGUUUGCAUCGAAACGAAAUUCAGUAGUCAAGGGUAUAAUUCUGUAAGUGCCUUAAUCUUAGGCACGCUGUGCUCAAAACUUAUCCCAUCGGUUAAGAGCGCGUCGAACCUAGUGUUUUAAUUUAUUUAAAUUAUUUAUUUAUUUAACUUAUUUUAGAAGUUAAUAAGUAGGAAAACAAAUAUUAAAUAUACCCAAUAAAUGUUCCCGUCCAGUGAAUCCUUCCAAAUUAAUGAAUUUUAAUUUAUUGGCAUUUUGUUUGUAUUUUGUGUAAGUAUAAACAAUUAACAAUUCCGCCAGUUUUCGAAUAAUUAACGACUGAUGUAAAAAUAAUUCUGUGUGAUAUGAAUAACUAACUGUUUGUAUCGCCUAAUAGUUAGUAUUGUAUAUUUAAUGUGUGAAUUGUAUGAUUGAGGACGUCCUGUGUGUAUGUGAUUGUUGUGAAAUAAAAAUAAAAGAAAU